AUGAUCUCCCACCAGAUUUGGUAUGAUUUUGAAUGCGGCAAAAUGUCUCAUUCUGAUUGCUACAACCGCCUUGCUGAAGCAUUUUCCAUCGUACCAAAGGAGGAUGUAUCGAAUCUAUUCAAGGAGGCCAAAGCUACCCUGAAGGCAGACGCACACAUAACGGACCUACUACGGGACAUUAAACGUAGAUCUCUCGAAGGCCCUAAUGCGGACAAAGUGGAGGUCUACUUGAUGUCAAAUAUGUCCAAGGAAGACAUUGACUAUCUUCAGGGACUCGAUGGCCCGUGGAAUAUGCUCGAUGGAACGUUCGCGUCUGGAUAUGCAGGAAUGAGGAAACCGGACUCGAGAUUUUUUGAAUAUGUCCUGAAGGAGAUUCAUAUGGAUCACAGACCGGAAGAAGUACUUUUCAUUGAUGAUCAACUUCAGAACAUAGAAGCAGCGGAGGAACUGGGCAUACGUGGAGUGCAAUGCAGAUCGGGCUUUGAAACUGCAAAAGUGGUGAGGGAGCUUCUAGGCAUGUGA